GUUCAGUUUACCAUUAAAAUCAAUUGAGAUUAUAUUUACUUAAAGACUAAGGAAAGUUGAAUCAUAAACCAAUAUUAGAGAAAGGAAUCUGAGAAAAGUUUGUAACCUUACUGCCUCUGACUGUGACAAUUGUCAGGUGCGUUCGGCACAUUGAACUUUUUUUUAUAUUAGUGCAAAGUCAGACUAUGGAUACUUCGAGAAUAAGAUGAAGUUUAUUCAUGUCUAUCGUGAGCUGUGAAUCUUUAAAAUGCCUUUUGUUAAAAGACUUGCAGAAUUUGGAACUUGACAUUAAACUUGAAGAAUGCAGGAAGUUUUUUUUUUUUUAAAUUGACCUCAAAUUGUGUUAAUUUAAAGUGAAAGUAUUAUGUGAUGACAAAAAAAAGUGGGAAAUACCAGUAAGCACGGGCAGUUUUGUAGUGGACAUUUAAAAUGGUGCGUUAAUGUGUGAAAACGGACCUGACGUGAUGUCAGAGGAUUGCUGUUUCUCUGUUUUACCUUCACAUCAAGUUUGCUUCAUCACGAAUGUUCUAACAGUUUGUCCGUCAUAAUGGUCAUCUCUAAGUGUGAACCUAUCAGACAAAGACUCCAAAAUGAAAUAUUUUUUCAGUCAGCAACAUGACUGGAUACUGCCCAUUAUUGAGCAGCCAGAUAUGCCGGCCCUGGGCUUUGCUGAUGUAGGGUACUGCUCCGGCGUAGGUGAACAUAAUCCCAACAUGAACUCCUACCCGGGGCCCUCGCCUGCCUCAAUAGCAAGCCCGAGUACCCCGGGAACCGUUGGCGAUGGAUCCCACCAAGGGCAACGCAAACGCAAGAGUCAAACUGAUGUGUGUUCGUCUUUUGAAGGCGAGGAUGAGGAUGAUGGAGUGGAUUCGGAACACAUGAAAAAGUUUGCAAGAAACCGAUGGUCAGAUUUUGAUCAAAAUUCACAGGGAUGUUCAAGACAGAACCACAGCGAGAUUGAGAAGCGUCGUCGUGACAAAAUGAACACAUACAUCGUGCAGCUCUCCUCGAUGUUACCUAUGUGUAAUGCAAUGAACCGUAAAUGUGACAAGCUUACUGUCUUACGAAUGGCCGUCCAGCAUAUGAAGUCCUUGCGGAGCUCCUCCACCUCAUUCACGGAAGCUCUCCACAAGCCAUCAUUCUUGUCAGAUGAUGAACUGAAACACAUUAUACUGGAGGCAGCUGAUGGGUUUCUGUUUGUUGUUGGAUGUGACAGAGCCAGAAUCCUGUUUGUCUCCGAAUCUGUCAGCAAUAUUCUUCAAUACACGAGGAAUGAGCUCAUAGGGCAAAGCAUGUUUGACUUUAUCCACCCACGGGACAUCAGCAAGGUGAAAGAACAGUUCUCUUCAUCUGACCUUGCACCAAGAGAAAGACUCAUUGAUGCAAAAACAUUGAUGCCGGUAAAGACUGAAUUACCACAACGACCAACCCACUUGUGCUCCGGAGCUCGUCGCUCAUUCUACUGCCGUUUGAAAUGUCGUAACGAUGGUAGCGAGGCCAAGUCAGGUUUUAAAUACGAGAAGGAUGAUAUGGAAUAUACACAUAAAAAACGUAAAACAGACCAAAAAUCUUAUACUGUGAUACAUUUUAACGGCUACCUGAAAUCGUGGCCAACAUCAAAAAUAAACAUUACCAGUGAAGACGACUUGGAAGAUAGUUCAAACUUCCUCAGUUGUCUAGUGGCCGUGGGGCAAAUACGAACUUCCAUCAGUCAGACUGGUUCAGCAUUUUCAGCAUGUGGAGCUGGUUCUUCACUCUCAUGUACGCCAAACACCCGUCCAGUGGAAUACAUGUUCAGGAUCUCACUGGAUGGAAAACUCACUUUCAUCGACCAAGCGACUACGAUGGUGCUUGGUUAUCUUCCUCAGGAAUUAAUUGGGACGUCUGUGUAUGAGUACUACCAUCAGGAUGACCUCACACGGAUGGCAGAAGUACACCGCAAAGUUCUCAAUUCUAAAGAGAAGGUACUCUCUGGUGUUUACCGGUUCAAGGCGAAGAAUGGCUCAUUUCUACCCAUCCGAUCAACAAGCUUCAGUUUUAGAAAUCCAUGGACCAAAGAGGUGGAAUACAUUGUCUCCACAAAUACCUAUAUGCCAAUGGAGGAGGUCUCAAGUUCAUGCCAGGGAUAUGACAAUGUGAUAUCAUUCGACUCCAACACUGAUUGCUCAACAGAAGAAUACAGUAUUAAUGGAGUCCAGGACAAGUUUGUGAUUCCGGGUGUACCAGGAGGGACGAAGCCUGGAGCGGGCAGGAUUGGCCGAAUGAUUGCCGAGGAAAUGUCGGACACUCAAAGACGUUCACGAUCUCCAGCUCUGGUUGAUAGUACCAACAGCACUGAUGUUGCUGAUUCACAGUGGUCAGUUAACCGUUUACCGGGUGGCUCAUCUCAGUCAAUACACAAUCACAAUCCAACGUUGAGUUCAGUGCUGGCGACAUCAACAGUUACGUCAACGAAGGGUCCCAAUGGUAUUUCUGUCUCAUCCAGGAUUGAAGACCCAGGUUGUGAAACAAACUCCCUGCUUGACUCUGUGAUAGAAGAGCAGGCUGUGGAUGGGUCAUCCCUGGCAACAAGCACAGACGAGGGGGACGAGGCUGCCAUGUCCAUGAUCAUGUCUCUCCUAGAGGCAGACGCCGGCCUCGGUGGCCCCAUUGACUUUAAUGAUCUCCCCUGGCCUUUGUGACAACAUGUUUUCAAGUUUUGGUUUAGUACAAUUUGCCCACAGCUGGCUGCUCAAGAUGGGGCUGAAAUGAUACGCAGUCCCUGAUGCAUACUCAGUUAUAAUACGGCCUUCUGUGCCUCAUGAUUGAACAUUGACAGUGUUUGAUUUUACACCACUAAGAAAUUUGUAUGGCUUAAGUAAUAACGCAAAUAAUAUUUUUUGUUAAAUGAGUUGUUAGAAGUUCUAGAAUGUGGCUGAGUUUCAGGAAGAACAUAUGUCAGGGUGAAUAUUGCCAAAGGUUGUUUAAGGGUGAAUAUAUAUAGGUUGACAUUGAGUAGUCUGGAGUUUUUACCAUGUGAAGGUUGUUGGAAUGCAAAAAUGGUGUCAAAACAGUUAUAGCUUAAAGCUUUUGCAUAUUUGCUAAAAGUUAUACUUAAGGUCACUUUUCAUAAUUUUGUGUUUACAUUAAAUACAAUCUUGGUAAUGACGAAGAUCUUAGUGAUGUCAUAAAACAUGACUUGUAUUAUAGUGUCUUUUGUAAAAAACUGUAAUAAAGAUGCUCACAAUGAUUUUCUUGUGGAAUAUUAAUUUCAUGAAUUGUUAAAUCUUAGAAAUAUGUUGGGCAGUUAAACUUUUGAGUUUACCUGUAAAAAAAAUAUGCAAUCUUUAAAUUUUUAACUUCAAUAGGAAUUCCCUUGCUAUUCACCUUAGUUAAAUGAGAAGACUCCUUUAUAUUGUAUUGUAAAUUAUUUUACAAAAUUACCAUUCCUGGUAUAUUGAUUCCCUGAACAGCAUUAUUUUUAUUGUUCUUUUAUUGAAUAUAUAAAAAGUUAGAAAUCUAAAACCAGUGGAACAUGCAUCAUCUUUAAAAAUGUAUAUGAUUAGGACUAAUUUUAUGUGAAGAACUGAAAUACAAAAACCCCGGUAAACUAAAUACAAGUGUAAAACAAUCAAUCAUAUCUUAAAUCUGCCUGACUUUUUUCUUUAUAAAGCAUGUCAGAACACCGUAUGAAAAAGUCUGGUCUGUUUAAUUUUGUCAUUUAAAAUGUACAGUGGAUUGACAGAAUUCCACACAUAAGAAUAAUCGGCGCUUAAUAUUCUAAAGAAUCAAUCAGUGAUAUAUUAUAUGUUGUGGCAGCAAAAACAUUUUCCCAACAUGUUCAUAUGUAAAGUUCUCUGUCUUGUUCUAAAUUAGAAAAAAAUACGUAUAACAAUAAAGGUUUUUGAUUUGGAAGAAAUUUAGAGCUUAUGAAAUGGUUCUCGUACGAGUACAUUUAUGUUUGAACUACUUUUAAUUUAAGUUUAAUGGUCAUAACAUCAACAUCACAAGGAAAAUAAGCCAACCAGUACAUAAGAAUUUUUGUAAAUGAUUUAAGGCCAACUGCAACUGUUACUUGUAUGGGAAGCUACCUAUGGGUAGCAGCAUGUCUGUAAGAACAGUCCAUGUAUAUAGUCAACAAUGAAUUUGUUCAACCUAUUUUGCUGAACUAUGCUAAGUUUGAAAUGACUUGCAUCCUCAGCCCAUAUUCAUGAACAUCUGCAGUCCCAGUUUGAGAUGCAAGACUAAAAACAUCGCUCUGACAAGGAUAAAAAUUAUCAAUAUUGCUGUAUAUGUUUAAAUUACUCUUUUUAAUAACAGUCACACAUCUUUUGUAAAAAUAGUUCCAUUACAAAUAUUUUGAAACAUUAAAUAAUUCCAGUUUCUGUGCCCGAGUCUUAAACUCUGACAUAAGACAUUUGUUUAAAAUGGGCAAUUAAACUUGUACAGAAAUAGAUUACUACAUCAAGCCUGUUGUUAUGCUUAGUGCUUAGAAUUUGUUACAUGUAAAUAAUAUUGUAAGUUAUAUUUUUAUGAAAUAAGUUUGUAAGAUUUUGUGAUACACUUAAAAUAUACUGGUUCUAAGAACUAAUGGUUGUUCCCUGGGGUGAUGAUGGUUUUAGUUUGAUAGUCUAAUGAAACUGAAUGUUGAAAUCAACUUCAAUUUUAAACACUGUUGUUGAUUUUAAUUGAAUGUCAUGACUCUUAAAGGUACUAUACACUGGAUGAAUCUUGCAAAAAGAAAAGAAAUCUUUAUCGAAAAUUAUCAUAAAAUUGACAUUUUUGAGUACAACGAUCUUACUUACUGAUGUAUCACAUCAUUUACGAUGCAUGCAUCUUUCACAGUUUUUGUGCAGUUUUCCAAUUAGAAAUUUACUGCGGUUGUGUACCAUUUAAAUCGCAGUAAGUUUAAAAAUAGCAUCGGAAUAUCCAUAUGACUCCUAAACAGAAAUAAUUUAAACUGGGAGACCAUUGUGUCCUUUUUUUAAUGGGAAUCAUAGAUAAGAAAACAAUAUGAUUGUUGCACAUAUUAUUUUAAUCAUGUAAAAUGAUGUUUUAACGGCCACCUUAUAGCUUGCAUUGACAAUUCUAGGCUUGUUUUGUGGAAAAACUUUAUUUGCCGAUUUUUGGACCAUCUGGUGUAUUGUCCCUUUAACAUGUGUAGGCCAAGCAUGGUGGAAUUGUUCAUAUAUUUAACAUGUGAAAUCAUUGUUAAAUUUGUUAACAUUCUUCUAUUUUGUCAGCAGACCUGAUUUUGUAUUCAGAAUAAAAUAUUAGAUUUUUUACAUGAAAAUAACAAAAUGUUAUUAUUUCACAAUUCUUCCACAUAUGUAUUUGUUGCUCUAAAUUUCAACAAUUUUUGUGAUUUAUAAACUGUGUUAAAACAGAAAUACUUUAUUUGUUUGUGAAAUCAAGGUGACAUUUUUACGUGAACUUUUUCUAUGUUUGUUAUUGUAUGUAAAGCAUUAUUUGCUAACUUUAUAGCUGUAAUGGGGAUACACUGUAAAAUUUAUUUCUGAAGUUACUUAGCUUAUAAUUGUAAUUUCUCCCACUGGAUAUUUGUAUAAUUUUAACAUGCUUUCUAACAAUUUAAAUAUCAAGUUUAAUUUCUAUUUAAAAGGUAAAUACGUCACCAUGUCAUGAAUUUUCUAGGGUUAUAUACAACACAGCAUUUCAGUGGGAAAAAAAAUUCUUAUUUCCGUUUGACUUCCACAUUUAGUAACAUUAACACUGUAUUUGAAAUACUUGUUUACCGAAAUAAGUUUAAUGAAGCAAUCUAAGGAGUGGUAAUUAAUUUCUUUUGGAAGGACGUGUUUAUGUGAAACUGAUAUCAGGGAAUAUUUGUACCAAUGUUCGUUAGUUAACAUGUAAACAAUUUCUACCAACAUAGAACUAUUUCAGAAAUAUCUGAAAAAAUUAUUUGAUUUAUCUGUCAUAUUUUUAUAACCUUGAAAUUGAAGAGACAAGUAAUAUUUAGAAAAGAUAUAUUUUUGUAUAUAUAUAUAUAUUUAUUGCAAAAGAUUUUCUUUUGAGGUUUUCUUUUCUCAUCGUAAUUUGGUACAGAUGUACAUUUGACAUUAUUUAAGUUGAAUGUAAAUACACAGCAUGCUCAAAUGUUAUUUAUUGUAACAUAUUAUAUUGUUAAGUUGUACACGUAAUGCAGUGUAUACAUGUUUCUAUUGAUUUUUAUAAGUAAAUGAAAUUGUAUGAGGAAAAACCUAAAGAGGAGCGUUGUAAUAAUGCUUAUGAACGACACCCGGUGUAAGUCCUGUUAAAACCUGGAGCCAGUUUUUUUGUACAUGUCUAUACUAAAAAAGCCACGUUAAUUUUGCCAUCAUGUUGCUUUCUGUCCAGUCUCACGAAACUACAUGUUUUAUCUGUGAUUUACAAUAUCUUUGUCGCCCACCGUAUAAGUCCUUAUAAUGAUGCAGAGGGGUCAUUUUGUGGGUAUUUCUUUAUUUAAGGACUAUAUACAAUAUUGAACAGUAAUCAAAAAUUCAUACUUUUAUCCCCCUUUAUAACGUUAAUAUUAUAGGGGUUUAGUUUAUUGGAUUCAAUAAUUAGGAUUAGAAUCCAAAUGCCUUAUAUAGUGCCAUUUUCACUAACAUUAUGUAACGACACUUCAAAGACUCAAGCCUAGCUAGUAUUUGAACUUAUGUGUCCUGAAACUAACAUUUGUAUUUAACUGUAGUCUACAUACCCAGUUGAACAUUUCCGGUUUAGUUGGCAAUGUGUGAAAACUAUCUUGAAGACCUUCUUUUUAUAUAUAUAAUUACAUAUAGAUGCAAUCUUAACCAUCCCUUAACUGAUACUGCCAUCAGGUAUGGUACCAUGGUAGGUUAUACAAACUAAUAUAAACAAAAAUGGUUAGUAUUUUGUGAAACUGGCUCCCAUUUCUUACAUAAAACCUAUAUAAUUUUCCCGGUGAAUUUAUAUUGUAACAUCACUGUUAAUACAUUGUAAUGCAGGCACAAAGAAAUUUUAUAAGAAAACCUUCAUUGAUGCGUUGACGAGUUUUGCAUGAUUUGUGCCAUACAAGUGCCUGCUUUAGAACAGAAGGUUCAGAUGUUCACAGAGUCAGUGAGGCCAUCAUAUCAAUAAGCAUAUAAUACGAUCAAAAUUUCAAACCUGUUUAUUUUGGUUGUUAAUAGAUAUAUUUUGAAAUAUUUAAAAAAAAAAUUGCGGGGUGGGGGGGGGGUGCUGGUUAUAUCUUUAGGAUUUUCUACAUUUGAAACCUUAUAUUUUGAAUUUAUUAUUUCUGUCAAUGACUUAGUAUUCAAUUGAAAUUCGUAAUCUGAUAUUUUGUCAUAGGCUUGUUGAUAAUGUUGCCCAAAUAAGAACAAUUGUUUUUGAUUGUAGUUUUGACAUUGGACAGGUGAAAUCUGACGUUGUUUGCAACUUACAUGCCUGUUUUGUUAAGAAUGAGAAAUUAAA